AUGAUAAGUAGAACCAUAAGUCGGAAUCCGACUUUGGCGACUUUUUCAGUCAAAUAUAAGGAGUCAUUUGGUCGAAAGUUUAGAGAUGCCGUUGCAAAAACUGGUCAUUAUGUUAAACCAUUAAGAAAGUAUCUCUUUCGAAAUUUUUUAAUGGUUCAUUACUUUUACAUCAUUUCAAUGACAAUUUUAGCAUCCAUUAUAUUGUACCCCGUGAGGAACGAGAGUUAUAUCGAUAUUUUGUUCUUAGCAACGGGUUCAACUACUCAAGGUGGGUUGAAUACUGUUAAUAUCAAUGAACUGGAGUUGUACCAACAAAUUAUCAUUUACAUUUUUACCUUCUUAACGACACCAAUUAUUAUUCACAGUGCAUUGGCAUUCGUUAGAUUGUAUUGGUUCGAAAGACACUUUGAUGGCAUCAGGGAUUCUUCCAAGCGUAAUUUCAAAAUGAGAAGGACAAAAACUUUAUUGGAAAGGGAAUUAACCGCCAGAACUAUGUCAAAAGGUCGCCAGCGAACUGGUACUAGACAAUUUACUUCGCCUACUCGUCGUCAUGAUGAUUUUCAAGAAAAAUUAUUCAGCGGCAAGAUGGUAAACAGAGAUGAGCAGGACUCAUUGGCAGAUUUGUCACACGGAGGAAAUGGUAGCAGUGAUCAAAGUGUUCCAAAUGGUAAAAGUUUUGCAGAUCCACACAGACUUUCAUGGUCAAGUUCAAAUACAAUUGAAGAUAAUGCAGAAAUCCAUCCAUCUGGUAGAGGUCUUUUAUUCAGGGAACCUAAACCAAAACGUCACCAACAUUAUAGUCAUGGUAAUAAUAAUCCACAGCAACGACCUCUUGAAAGUUUUGCAAGAAGAAGAAGAUCAACGGAUAUUUCACCGGAGGAUAUGUAUAGAUCAAUUUCUAUGAUGAAAGGUCAAAGACAGACAAAUACAGAAGAUGAUGGUCCAGCUUUAGUCAUUGGUGCACCUGCAGAACGAUCAAAUGAUAAGGACGCUGCAAAGCUGGAUGCUGAAAAGUCCGAUUUGAAGAAAAAGGCUUCUUAUGAUUCUUUGAGACAAAAUAAAAUGGAAAAAUACCCAAUAGGAUUACCAAAUAAAAGUGAUGAAGAAGAUUUUGAAAACGAAGAUGAAGAAGACGACGACUAUAACAAUGAUCAGACGGAAAAUUCUAAUAGCACAAGCAGUUCAACUUCUACUACCAGCAAUAGUAGCAGUGUUGAUAAUCAAAGUGAUAAUUCUCCUCCAAUCCCUUCGGGUAGUAGCACAGGGAGUGAUUCGAUGCACAGCGAUUCAGUAACAUCCAAUGCUGUGACGACGGAUGAUAGAGAAACAAUGAAUGAAGCUGAUUCCAUGUCAUCGGAUCAUUCUCAGCCUGAAUUUCCUCAAGAAAAUCGAAAUGGACCAUCUAUUCACUUCGAUAUAGCAGCUCCUCCAAAAAGGAAAAAACUUCGAGAUCAACCAAAUCUCACAAGGAAAAGCAGAAGAAGCCAUUACAGUCCAGGUGUUCCUAUUCCCAGCGCUAAAAGCAUAAGUCAACGAUUGAAGAGAAGGUUGUCGUUGGGUCCCAUGGAAAAACCGCGUGCUAAAACUACGAGGUCAUCUGGGGAUAUCAAUACUAUGAACAAUUCGGAUGACUAUUUUUCAAAGGAUGGAAUGUCAGAUCAUUUUCCAAGAGCUAACACAUUUGAUCAACAGUAUGACUUGCAGGACGAUAACUUCCCAGAUGUAUUGAGCAAAUCUCAUAGUUUUGAUUUGGGCAAAACUAAGGAUUGGAACAAGUUAUCGACAUCACCAGAAUUUCAGAGUAUGAUUUAUGAAAAAUGGAAGAGAGAAAAAAGAGGCAGGAAAAGCAUCUUGAGACCAAAAAUAAGACGCCCGAGCAUAAAUUCACCAAAUAUUUCAGGACUUCGAAGAUUUUACAGUAAUCCUGAAAACAACGAUGAUGGUAAUAAUACUACAGAGGAAUUACCUACGGAUUCAGUUAGACAUGAACAUUCUGAUAACGAUUUAACUGACGAAGAGAAUGACCACGGGAAUUUCGUGAAUACUCGUGAUAGUUUAGAUGAAGAGGAAGGGUAUUUUGGUAACGAUUUAAGCUUUGCAGACGAUCCUUCGCGUCAUAAGUUAACAAGGACUUUAAGUGCUAAUUACUUAUCCUGGGAGCCCACUGUUGGCCGUAAUUCUAUCUUUGUUAAUAUGACUAAGGAACAGAAAGAAGAAUUAGGUGGAGUUGAGUACAGAGCAAUUAAACUACUUUGUCGUAUAUUAGUCGUUUAUUAUGGUGGGUUUUGGAUUAUGGCUUUCAUCUUCUUAGUUCCCUGGAUUGUUAGUAGAGAUGGAUACAGAAAAAUUGUCAGAAAUGAUGGUGUGACACCAGUGUGGUGGGGUUUUUUCACAGGGAUGAGCGCUUUUGCAGAUCUAGGCCUUACCUUGACACCAGAUUCGAUGAUGUCUUUCCAAACAACGUCUUAUCCCACCAUUGUCAUGAUGUGGUUUAUCGUUAUCGGUAAUACGGGGUUCCCUGUGUUAUUGAGAUUCAUGAUUUGGGUGAUGUUUCAAUUAUCGCCAGACCUUUCCUUGACUAGAGAAAGUUUGGGAUUUCUUCUUGAUCAUCCUCGUCGUUGUUUUACCAUGUUAUUUCCCAGUGCUGCAACUUGGUGGUUAGUCGCCACCCUUGUCGGGUUGAACGCUAUUGACCUCAUCAUCUUCGUCAUUUUGGAUCUUGGAAAUUCCGUAUUGCACAAUUUGAACAGAGGCUAUAGAGUUCUAGUGGGACUUUUCCAAGCAAUUAGUACGAGAACUGCUGGAUUCCAAAUCGUUGAUAUCGGUAGUUUACAUCCUGCAGUGCAAGUGUCUUACAUGUUAAUGAUGUACGUCUCUGUGAUGCCUCUGGCUAUCUCUAUCAGGAGAACUAAUGUUUAUGAGGAACAAUCUUUAGGAGUUUAUGGUGAUCCCGACGAAGACGCUAGCCAUCAUGGACAUGAGCUUGAUUCAGACGAUGAUGAAAGUCUUGGAUCAUCACCAUCUCCUGCCUCCAAGAAAAAGAAGAAAAGCACAACUUCUUUCAUUGGUGCUCACUUGAGGCGACAGCUUUCAUUUGAUCUUUGGUAUAUCUUUCUCGGGUUAUUCAUCAUUUGUUUAGCUGAAGGUGGUAAGAUUCAAGACGAAAGAAGACCAGAGUUUAAUAUUUUUACCAUUUUAUUCGAAAUUGUCAGUGCAUACGGUACAGUGGGGCUUUCUCUUGGUUAUCCCAACAGCGAUACAUCAUUCUCUGGGCAAUUUGGCACCAUAUCGAAAUUGAUCAUUAUUGCGUUAUUGAUUAGAGGCCGUCAUAGAGGUCUACCUUAUACUUUAGAUCGUGCCAUUAUGCUGCCGAGUGACAGGCUUGACAAUAUUGAUAAAUUCCAAGAUAUGUUAAUGCGUCAUCGGGCCUCACGCGAAGGUUCCACUGAUGCUGUUACCUCUUAUUUUAGGUCGAAACUAAGCGCUAUCAAAAAAGAGAUUCACAAAAUGCGUACAAAAUCUGCUGAAGGGGAACAUUUGUUACAUGAUUUCACAGAUUUACCUCACCAUGAUAAUGGCGACAGUCGUGGUGAUAACCACCAAGAGAGACCAUCGGAAGCCGCUUCCGACGGUUAUAAUACUAACUAUAACAACAACAAAUCAGCAGAUCAUGUACUAGAUAUUCAUGAAGAACCAAAAGAAGUCUCCAAGUCACCAAAUGAUUCAAGUUUACAACCGCAAGAACCCAUAUCAUAUUUCCCAAACACAACACCUUCACCAAGAAAAGCUUCUGACGAGCUUUCUCCGUCGGAUCCGCUUUCUACAAUUCCUUCCCAGGGAACUCCCACAUCUCGUGUUGCUCCUUCCCUGGAGAGCUAUCGAAUGAAACCUCUAGAUUCUGCGCGCACUAAUUGA